GCACUCGAUUAAGUCGGGUUCCUACUGGAAGGUAACAGUAAAAACAAGACUCAUGGUGCCUUCGUGUAGGCGCCUUCGUAUAGGCAGGUUAUCCGGGGUCCGGGUUCCCGGGUUUCCGGGUCCCGGCUAAUGUAUUGUGAUACCACGAUACUCUUCUGGUAGGAGACAGUUACCUAGGACUCCGGCCUCAUGUGUCAUCGGCGCUGUUACUCUGUGAUGGGUCAUCCCAUCUAUUGAAACAUACUUAAACAGUUUGUCCAUACCCUUUCAAAAACAAUUCUUCAGCACAAAUUUUUUGUAAAGGACAGUCAAUAUGGGAUUCAGAGUCAUCAUCGUCGGGGGCAGUGUGUCGGGCCUAUCUUUGGCCAACAUGCUCGAGAAAUUCGGUAUAGAAUACCUUAUUCUCGAGGCACACCCCAACAUCGCACCCCAACUCGGCGCUAGUAUGGGGCUCCUUCCCAGUAGCCUCCGUAUCCUCGAUCAGAUCGGCUGCUAUGACCGUAUCCGGGAAAUGUCUGGGGACUGCUAUUACCAACCCAACUUUCGCCUUUCCAAUGGCCGGAUAUUAAGUGAAGAAAAGACCAUGACCUUCUCUGAGCAGUUGGAGCACAAAACCGGCUAUCCUCAGGUUUUUAUUGAUCGACAGAUGCUCUUGCAGGUUCUCUUCGACAAACUCAAGUCAAAAGAUAGAAUCUUGACGAGUAAACGUGUGGUUCGCGUGGAUAGUGUUGAGAAUUGCGUACAUGUUCAGACCGAAGAUGGCACUACUUACACGGGUGAUAUCGUUGUUGGCGCCGAUGGAGUUCGUAGUGUGGUCAGAAAGGAGAUGUGGCGAAACGCCCUCGAAUCUGGUUCCAAGCUAUUUCAGCCAGACGAAGACCAAGGGCUUGUAGCAGAUUCAAAGUGCAUCUUCGGCAUAUCUAAACGGCCCAAAACACUUCCUAGUACAGAUUUUCAAAUCGGCGCAUUCUUCCGUGGUUGGAAUUACCUGGUUCUCUCAGCUCCAGGAAACCGGCUCUAUUGGUUUCUAUUCCAGGACAUGGAGAAGGCCACUGGCAGUAGUAUCCCCAGAUUCACGAAGGACGAUGAGACCACUCUCGCAGAGCAACAUUUCAACGAUCCAGUCACCGCCACUACGACAUUUGGGGAUAUUUACAAUCAUCGUUUGCAUACCGCACUCGUUGCUCCCGAGGAGCACGUUUUUGCGCGAUGGCAUUUCCGGAGAAUCAUUACCGUUGGCGAUGCUGCACACAAGGUUCACCCCAACAGCGCUCAGGGGGGCAACGGCGCAAUCGAGACCUCGGCAGUUCUCUUAAACAGUAUCUUGCAACAACUGGAUCAAAGUUCGAAACCAUCAGAAGAGGAGGUUGAGGCAACCUUCGCCGAGGUUCAAACUAACCGUUUCGACCGCGCCACAAAUGCUCUCGAGCAGGGUCGUACAAUAUCAUCCCUCUUUAUGAGGGAUUCGCUUGCUUCCAGGCUAUUCGUUUGCUAUAUAUACCCCUGGUUUGGCGAGCGCAUAAUGAUGCGGCUUGCCUUUAACCAUGCCAAGACCGGCCCCGUCAUCGAGCGACUACCUCUUCCCAACCGACGCGGCGUCAUUCUCCCACACAGCGGUACUGUAACGAAACCUAGCCGUAUCAGGGUUCGUUGGGGCUUCGGAGCAUUCGGAGCGGCCAUUGUUUCGGUGUUUCUCUACCUCAAUAGAAGUUCGGGUUGGUCGGAUUCUCUUGUCUCGUUGCUUAAAACGCAACUCGGGUCGUCUUGAAACAACAAUGAAGAUGUAACUAUUCGUAGACUUGUUUUUUUUAUUAGGUUGAAUUAGUUAGAGCAGGUUAGCUAGGUUAUGUUUUCCCUUGCGUUAGUAUCUUUCCCCGAACAACCCAGAGAUAAAUGAAAUAUAAAUUUCCCUGAAAUCCGUUUGAAUAUAUGUUAAUAGUGUCAUUC